AUUAUACGUGAUUAUAUGUAUGACAUACAUACAUAUGUACAUGCAUAGGGAUAUAUAUGAGUUUAAAAAUUUCAAAGAUUUCCUAAUGCCAAGCUUUUUUUACGGUUAAAGGUGUUUUACAUUGAAUUGAAUGUUUGUACUGACAGAAAAAUCUUCAAAACAGAAGGAGAGACAGAUUACACGUUUCAUACAUAUGUACAUAUGUCAAGGCAUUUGUGCAUACAUUUUUGUAAUUUGAAACAGAGUUGUAUUUAAAAUUCAAAUAUUUAUUAAAACCGUUACAAUAAGUAGUUAUUAACGCAGGAUAUUAAUUUAAUAAACGAUACGGCACCACUAAGAGAGAAAUUCUACUGUACUUUCUAAAACUUGUUUAUUUUGAAACAUUCAUCGCAGUGCCGAAAACUUUCUGCUACCUUAUCAUACAAAACAUAACCUUAAAGCAAACAUAACCAAUCAAACAUCAUCUGUCGCUAGAGAAAUCACCUAAUUAUUCUCCGUCAAGAAAUAAUUUUAUAGGAUAUCAAAAAUGAUAUCGGCAAAGAUUGAAUUUGCGGUGAACAUGACUUGUCAAAAAUGCGUCGAAGCGGUAGAAAAAAGUUUAGCCGAUGUAAAAGGAAUUGAAAAUAUCGAUAUAUCGUUGGAAAAAGGGAAUGUUAUUGUUCAGACAAAUUUACCGUAUUCGAUAAUACAAGAAAAAAUUGAACAGUCUGGAAGAAAAGCUAUUUUGAAGGGAUAUGGAAAUUCUCUUAGUGCAGUGGCAAUGUUAGGAGGAAAUUCAGGGUAUAGCGUGAGUAACAAGAUAAUGGGAGUCAUAAGAUUUGCACAGAUUCCUGACGGUUGUAUUAUAGAUGGGACAGUUGAUGGCUUAAAGCCAGGAGAGCACGGUAUACAUAUACAUGAAUGUGGUGAUAUUUCAAAUGGCUGUGACAGUAUUGGAGAACAUUUUAAUCCAAAUAAUACAGUACAUGGGGGACCUGAAGAUGAUGUUCAUAAACGGCAUAUAGGAGAUCUUGGUAAUAUAACAGCAAAUGAGGUUGGUAGAGCCACAUUUAGGAAAUUAGACACACUAAUCAAAAUACCUGAUAUUAUUGGAAGAUCCCUAGUUAUAACAGAAAAUCCAGAUGAUCUAGGAAAGGGAAGUGUCCCAGAUUCUAAAAUAAAUGGAAACAGUGGAAAUAGAUUGGCUUGUGGUGUUAUUGCUCGUUCAUCUGGCUUGUUUCAAAAUGCGAAAAAGAUCUGUGCUUGUGAUGGACUUACACUGUGGGAUGAAAGAGAUAAAGCACGCUUAGAAAAACAGGAAUCUAGUAAUAAUAUUGGAGCAAGUAAUGCUUGUACAGUAUCUUAAUGUAUUAAUAUUGGAUAGGGAAAAAACAGAAAUAGUGGUCCAUAUAAAUUCAUGUAGUAUUUUCAUUGCAUGUGUUCUACAAAUGCAAAUUAGUAAUGUUAAAAAGUAGUAACACUACUUACUUAUAAACUGCACUUUACAUAUAAUGUAUUAUACAAAAAAUUAGAAAAAUAAUGACUUUUUAAUAGAAAA